UCCAUCCAUACAGGCGCCGUAUGAUCGCUACCGGUUUAGCGCUCCCCCAGGAAAAUAAUAAUAAUGUAGGGUGUUGGCAACAGUGGCUGCUGGAGCCUCCUGCGUACAAGAGGCAGAGCGAUGCAGUGCAGCGUUAGUGUGGGGUUGUGGGUCGUAGUGACAGCGAUGGUGAUAGUGGGUGCAGAGGCUUUCACCUACCUCAAGAGGAAAUUUGGGCCAGACCCCAUCAUCACAUACACAAACCCCUCCUGCCGCUCAUUACCUCGCCACAACGAGGUAGUGUGUGAGGGUCUCAAGUCCCUAGAGGAGGUGACAUCACUUGUGUCGAGUGAGCAGCUACCUCAGGUUACUACACUCACCAUUGCACAUGCCAAUAUCUCCUCUUUCACCUUAGAUGAUUUAGUGAGCCUUACUUCCCUACACACGCUUAUGUUCAACUUCAGUUAUGUGAAGAACUGGACGGCUCCACAUCUUGAUCCUCUGCCCAGCGUGACGACACUGCUGCUGAACCACUGCUGGGACAAUAACAUGCUCAAAAUAAUUGAGAAGAAACCAACACUUGUGCUCACUUCCCAGAUGUUGAGUUAUGUACCAUCAUUGGAGGAGCUUUACCUUGGAUGCUUCUUGAUGCAGCCGGAGAAAUUAGAGGAUGUAAAACACUUACGCAAACUCCACAUAAUUGAUGGUGGAGUUGGGUGCGACAGCAGCAACUUGUGGCUGCUGGAUUGGUUUGAGAGUGGAAGAGCCAGCAUCUCAAGGAACACCACCUGCUACAUUCCCACAGUGCAUGACAUGGCCACCUUGUUCAGUCUCAGUGGCCGAGAACUGCUCAUGUGGUUACGCUACAAGAAGGAGACAGAGAGAGAGUGUGUAGCUCCAUGCAACUGUUCUGUGACUGGGAUAAAAGAAAAUUUGGACCCUAUAAUUCAUGUUGACUGUCAAGAAGUUGGUCUGACAGAGUUACCAAUAAUCCCACACAAUACCACACGGCUUACACUGGACAGAAAUAAUAUCACAAACAUGAGUUUGCUGUUCACGAGCGAGCUUUACCAUCACAUAGACAGCAUCGCACUCAACUACAAUCGUAUCUCCUACAUGGAUGGUGAACUUUACUAUAACUACAUAAAGAACCGUUCCAUGGACAUUAUUAUCAAAUUGGCAUAUAAUGGGCUUAAGACGAUGCCUGUGAAGAUAAUGAAACAGGUGCAUAAUGAGGCUGCCAAGGAGGGCAAGAAUCAUUUGCCCAUGUUUGAUUUGAGCAACAACCCAUGGAACUGUGAUGAUUGUUCUUUUCUUCCAGAUUUUCAGGAACUGGUGUACUACCAGAACUAUGAGAUGGACCCCUCUAAUAUUCGAUGUGCAAACUGGACCUCUACUGCUGGGCAACAGGUGGUCAAGCUCGACGUAAAUUCCUUGUGUGCGCCUGAUCCACCACUCCUUCAGCCACUGGACAUUCUCAACAUCUGUAUGGGAAUUCUCCUCCUGAUGCUCAUCUUUAAUUUCCUUCACAAUUUUGUUCAAUACAAAAGGCAUGGCAAACCCUGGAUCAUCACCAAACUACCUUGUUGCUGAUCUAUUACACCUUUGCUGAUCUGUGAGCUCCCUAGGUGAGAGACACUUUAUGGUCAACAUUAUAGCCUCAUCUCAUGUACUUGCAGCAGCCUGCUGGAAAUAGCCUUCAAGUUUUACCUGACAUUAACAUAUUUUCUCCAUAGUCUUGUUUUCACUUAUGUUGCAACAAUGGUUGGAAGGUAAAACUUACUGACAGUUUCAUCCACACUAUGUUUUUUGGCAGAGAUUCUCUUUGUUGUCACCAGAGCUAGAAAAAGUUUUGCAUUAUUCUAAUCUCCAUACACUGUUCUAGUACAAGAGAUGAUGCCAUAGUAUUAAGUCUGAUUAAUCAGAUGUUGACAGUGUCUUGUCAGCACUGUAUGACCCAUUAUGGGUUUAGUGCUUAUAUUGAUUACAUUAUUAUUAGUGAUCUUGUGUUCAUAUAGUGAAGAGGCAGUAAUUAAGACUGAUUUGUGUGCUACUAAACGACAGGACACGACACUGCUUUUAAUAAGCUCUUGGUUGUCCAUAUUUUGCAUUUUUCUAGAGAACUAUAUACUGUAAAUGAAAUGAAAUAAUCAAAUAAAGCACUAAACCUGAAAGGGUCAUACAGCACUGCAGGUAGGAAUGUAUAAAUGGAGAAAUGGGCAAAAGUAAAUAGGGAGUGAGGGUAGGGGUUAAUGGGGAAGGGGGGAGUGCACAAGAAAAUUUAAAAUCACAGUUGAUGUAAUAAAUUAGUGUGUUAAAUAGUCAGUGUGUGUGUCAAAAGUGGAACUUUUAAUGAGGAGGUCGGUUAGAGUGAUUGUGUCGGGACACCGGAGGCAUUACAAGUGAAUGCUGUGUGCCAGUUGGUUAACAGGACAAUCUAUUAAGAUAUGAUGAACUGACAAUGCAGUUUGACAAUCCCUGCAGAGCAGUGCUGCACUUUUUUCUGUAAGGUGUAUGUGGGUGAGACAUGUGGCCAAUAUGCAGGUGGGGAGUGCAGCUUCCCAAACAUGACAGCAGUGGUAAGAAGAAUGGCCAGAAACUCAGACAUAGUUCAAUAAAAGUAGUUUAUUGUGGACUAACUGAGGCCACUGUUUUUGUCAGUGGCUGCAAGGUUAAGUAAUAACUGAAAUAUAGUCUGAGAAAGGAAUACCCCUGCACAAAAUUGUAAGGUCAUAAACAGCAGACCAAAUAUGAGUCUGCCUGUUCAUUACCCCGAACAUCAACAUUUAUCAGAAUCCAGCAAAAAACAUUUUUCUUUACUGGCAGUGGAGUAUAAUCAAAGCUGUUUACAUAGAACAAUGGGAUAAAGGAAAUUAAAUUUCUGGAUUGUGUAUGAUGGUCGUGAGAAUUACAUACAACUCGGCUGUGAAAAUGCUAGCAGAUUUUGUCAGUAAAAACUGCUGCAUACCCAACACCAUCAGAGGAUUUAAAACCAUCACUGUACACUGCAGUAACAUGAGAAUGAGAAUGGGGAUGAUCAAGAAAGAGGGAGCAUGAAGUUACAGUAGGUAACUGAUCUUUUGCACAUGGAAGUGGAGAAGAGCAAACAUGAAUCAUAGAGACUUCCCAAGGGUAAAGAGAAAAAUAGUAUGCAGGGUGUACAUUAAGAGGUAAAUUACAAGAAUCCAAUAGACAACAAUAGCAGUGCUGAUGAAAGAAAGAAAGAUGUUCUACUAACAUCUAUUAUUGUCCUAUUUGUAGAAAGCUCAUGGAAAUUGUGAGAGCAGGCAUAAUAACAGACAUUGGGCAUCAGUUCUGUCUUGCAGAGUUGGAAUAUCCUACUCUUCCUAUGGGCUCUAAGCUAGGGAAGAACAAAAAGAUCCGAGACUCAAGCAUAACCCCCUGAUGAUGAAUAGGAUCAAGUCUAGAAAGAAUAACGGGGGAGGCUGAAAAUACAGUUGGUCACCAUACCUGAUACCAUAAUGAAAGAACAAACUUGUUUAACUUUUGCCACGAUCUGUAAUAAAAUAGAGGACAGGCCAUCAAAAAAAAAAAAAAAAAGUGUUCAUUUUAGGUUUGAGUUAGAGAGCACCAUAAUGUAAAACGCUUCAUUUAACCGUCCAGAAUAAAAGACAGGUCACAAUAUGUAGUAGUAGUGUAUAGAGGCUGCUAGUCAAAGCUCCCACAUUCUGUUUUGUCAGAGGAUAGAAAAGCCAAUAUAAAAAUAAGAAGAGAACUAGUCAAUUAUCUGGUGCACUUUAUUUUUUCAUUAAGCAUUGAUAAAAGUCCAGCAACUGACCCUCUUAUCUGCUGGACCUUAGAGUUUAGCUGCACUAGAAAACAUAGUUCAUGUUACUGAUCUACUUAACUGUACCAGACAACAGUUUAUAUCAGUGAUCUAUUUGGACAGUUGUGUCAGAAAUUUAUUUCUCAGUGACUUGGUUACCUUAAUAUGUUUCUGCUGUUGUUGACAGACACAAUUAAUUUUGUGCUUAUCCAGAAAUUGAACCAAGAUGUGACACCUGUAUUAGUGUAUAAAGUAUAGUACUGUAA